ACGGUCGCUUCAAAUGGAACACAGAGACAUUGUACGCACACAAACUGCAUACACCUUUGCUAAAAUUAUCGUGCAUCAUAACAUCAUCCACGGUGCUAUCGUUUUGUGAAAUUAACCUGAGACAAAGGUGAUGUGCACAGGCCAAGAGGUGCAGCACACAUGCUUAACCAACCCCACAUGAAUUAUAUACGUGCACGGUUGUGAGUAAUUAGUGGCCGUGACAUAACAAUGUAGGCAGGUGCAUGGGGCUUCCACCUCCCUUCUCUGUCACUUAAACUGUCACGCUAAUGGGCCACGGAGGAAUAAUAAAGCCUCCUUAUUUAAAGUGUCGAGUGUGCCCCCCCCCAACACGAGCUCACAAUUUUGCGCGCAGCUAUUCGGCCUCACAAAGCUUUGCUCGCCGUCCAAGAAGGGCCGACAUUCAGUACACAUGGAGAACACGUUGUCGUACUUGGCAGCAACUCCCCUCGAUGUUUUUGUCAUCGUGUUCAACGUGUGCUUGGCGACCGCGAUCGUAAUCUCGAACGCAAUUCUGAUCGGCGCUCUCCUAAAUUCAAAGGGACUUCUCAAACACAACAACUACAUUUUCAUAUUCAGUCUCACCGUCAGCGAUUUCAUUAUGGGCGCCGGCUGGUUCUACAACGGAGUGUUUGACGUGCGCGACAACUUGGGCUCCAUAUAUAGCGCUUCGAACGUCUUCCCAACGAUUCACGGCAUCUCUCUGCUCACCAUGCUCUCGUCGAUGGUGGACAGGUACUACGCCGUGUCCUCUCCGUUCAGCUAUUCGCAGAAAAUGACACGCGCCCGGGUGUUGAUGGUCGUCCUCUGGAUGUGGCUGUGGCCUUUUUUGACAGCGUUCGGCAUGGCUUUCGUGAAGGCGGACGCCGCUCGCAAAUACCAAGGUUACACGACAAUAGCGGUGACCGUCUGUCUCCUGGUCAUCAUGACGGUGGUAAACCUCCGGCUGUAUUUCAUCACCAAAAGGCAGCUCAGCCGCGGCCCCGCCAACGACGAGGAGUCCAAGAAGAAGUCGGCGAGGCUCAUUAUCGUUGCGUCCACGGUCUUCAUCGCCUUCUGGCUGCCAAGCCUGAUCAACUCGAGCGUGUGUGGCGGCUUCGGCCUGUGCUUCCCUCCGCAUAGAAACAACCUCAAUCCAGUGAACGUGAUUCGAAUGUUCAACACGCUCAGCUCCCCCAUCAUCUUCCUCGUCGGAAGCACUCUGCUGAGGAAUUCCAUAAAGAACCUCGCUCGCCGCUUGCUUUGCAAAAGAUCUGUUCAUCCAAAUGUUGGUGCAAGAGAGAGGAAGGACGGCGGUGGAUCGAUGGUAGCAGUGGUGGAACAUUGAGCAUGAAACACCUCUUACAUUUGUCACGAGGCAAUGUAUACCCAACGGCCAUUGCCUCCAAUUACGCCGCACUCUCUGAUACAAAUACACCUCCAGCUUAGGCCCCGCAAACACCUCAUGCAACAGAGCAAUCUCACAUCAUACGCUUCAAUUGAACCGUUUUAGCUGUUCCUUUAUAUGUUUUUUUUUACAUCAGUGGGUCAGGGAAAUUCUAAGUCGUACACAUUUCAUAAGUUAAUUCGGGAGAUUGGCAAGAACUUGAUUGUUCUUACCACAACUAUGCACAUUUGCACAACAAUGUAUGCAGGUUAAUACAGUAAACAAUGGGUGUUUUGUUUUCAUCUACUGUGAAUGACAUUCAAGAUGUAUCUGAAUGAUUUGACCAUUUGGCCUGCUUCAGGAUAUACUGACACAAAUUAGCUGAGUUUUUAAUCCUGGCCAUGGCUAACAUCGGUGGCAAAUGAUGCCUCUAAUGGUGCACCAGUACUCUCCAUCAGCCUUCAGGAACCGAAAUGGCGCUGGUGAGGCUUUCAUCCAGCAGUGGAUUGACAAAUUGGCAUACAUUACUAUUAUUACUAUUUAUUAUGAUAUUAUCAAGCUAGUGGGGAAUAUGCAAUGCAAUCUAUGAUAUAGGUAGUACAUAAAGUAAGCAAAGAAAUAUAUUAGUUACUUUAUAAGUAAUUAGGAUUUUUAACCGACAAUUUUAAUAUACCUGUACAGGGUGAUGGAACAUAUUUCUGCAGUGAAUUAGUUAUCCCCUGUCCCUGCGGGCCGUCAGUCCCUGGAUGGACUGAAGAUAGAAAUUACCCCAGUGGUAAGGGACAUACAGGCAGGAGAAUUGAGUUGCGUGUCUGAAAAAACAGUGUCAACAUAUACGUUUCUGUUUGAAUAUCGAAGGUUUACAAUGCAAUCAAUGAGCGAGAUUCAGUUUUACUGCACAUUAGGAUUUUUAAUCAACAUUUACAUUUAAUUGAGAUUUUGUUUUGAGCGGUUUAAUGUUUUCAGUUAUGCUUCAAUCUGGAUGUGUGCAUAACUAAAAUGUUAAAGGUAUGAUUAAUCAUUGGUUUUGGAUCAGAUAUCGUAAGCACAAUGUGUGUCGUACACCCUGCUCCACUCGACAAGGCCCGUUCAUAAAGUUGUCACGUGAUGAACAAAACGUGCCAAUUUAUUGCCGCUACAGCAGCACCGCUGGUGGUGUCGGAGAGCAAUCCACAACAUUUAACAAUUGGAUGCACAACAAAAAUCAGUCGUGAAUUACACUAUUGUUAGUCGCAAAAAAACGUACGUGUUUAAAUGUAUUAAAGCUAUGUAGCACACAGAACGGGGUGGCCUGAAAGUUAGUACUGUCUACGGAAUUGAGAAAAUAACGAGGCGUGUUUAUCUCAGUAAACUAACCUUUGGUCGACGCAAUUGUAUACACAUAGCAGUGGGAUAGAUCAUGGCUGGUGAAAAUAAUGAAUCAUAUUCACUUACACAACUCGGUACUUCAGCCCUCGCCCUAUACAGCUCGUUUGGGAGACUUUCUCCACGCUCGUGUGGGGUGGGUGGGUUAUGACAACCCAGUAAAUGUUCGUCGUAGUUAGAGAGAAACGUGAACGCGUUGUUAGUUUUUUUUUAAACAGCAAUGGGUAUGGCAACCAUGGUAGGCAACAGCGUGUGCACUCGCCCGCGUGAAUUGUGUUCGUGUGCGAAAUAAAAGUCUUGGAAGUUCAAUUUGUGGCGCGUGCCGGCUACGACCGUCGGUCAUUUUCUUCGCACCGACACGAGAGAGCUCCUGUUGGUAUGCGUCCAACGCAGGAAAAAAAACACACACAAGGAGGCAGCGUCGCGAGAGCCACCGCCCAUCCUGAAAUCUUUCGGCAGAAUGGAGGUGUUAUAUAUCGGGCCAAUUCCCCUUUGAAAUAGUUGUCGGGACGGCACUGAUCCUAAGCGAAACCCACAAGCCUGGUCCGACGCACCCCUCCGUCGCGCUAAUUAAUCCCUGCUGCGGUUCCCAGCGACGGUUCGCGUGCCCACCGUCACAACGACCACUGCUGAAAACGACGCCUUUAUAUAUAGAUAAUGGGAAGGAGGAAUAAUAAUAAUAAGAAGAGACAAACCCAACACAAAGGAGGGCUGAGCACAGUCGUCGCGCGCGCCCGAUCCCCAGGGGGCGGGUGGUGCCGAGCGAUGGACAGCGGAGUCGCUCGCUCGCUUGGCAAGAACGCCGGGCGACGUGACCCUCGUCGCCUUCCACGUUUGCCUGGCCACCCUCGUGACGGCCAGCGACCUCGCGUUGAUCGUCACCCUCGUGUGGGCGCGCAGACUCCUCAGAAAGAACACCUACACCUACACGUUCAGCAUCGCCGUGAGCGAUCUCCUCGUCGGCAUGGGCUGGUUCUACAACGGGAUCGACAACGUGCACGAGGGGCCGGGGUUGGCGUACAGCGCCGAGACGAUCUUCCCGAUGUUCCACCCUGCUGACCGCGAUGGUCGAUCGCUAUUACGCUGUGCAGUCCCCCGUUCAGGUACGCCCGGAAGAUGACGAACCUCAAGGUGGCGGUCAUCAUCUCCGUCGCGUGGAUCCACCCGAUCUUGACCAACGUGGGCACGUCGAUGAACCCGGGCGGCGGGAGUCUCACGUACAACGGCUACACCGCGAUGAUAUUCAACAUCCUCAUCCUCGUCGUGAUGCCCUUCCUCAACGUCCGGCUCUACGUGGUCACUCGGCGGCAGGCGAGGAGGACGCCGUCGGCCAACGACCGCUCGGCCCACGUGAUGAUCGUCGCCUCGGGACUCUUCAUCCUCCUGUGGUCACCCACCAUGGUCCACUCGAGUAUCUGCAAGGCGUCCGGCGCGUGCCAAAGGUUCGCCAACAACGCCUCGAACCCCUUCGUCACCACGCGGAUGAUCAACACCCUCGUCACCCCGAUGGUGUUCCUGAUGGGUAGUCCGGCCACGAGGGCCGCCUUCAAGGAGCUGACGCAUCGGCUGGGCAGGAGAAGGUAGGCUGCUUGCGCAAGGCCAGCCCUUGCGCUAUCGUCAGGUUCACGCCACCUGCCACGGGUGAACUUGCCACGGUCACCGC